AAAGUGGCCAAAGCCCCAACAUCACCACUAACCAGAGUCACCUCUUAUCUCCUCUCUCUCUCUCUCUCUCUCUCUCUCUCUCAUCCCCAAUCCUGCAGCAGAUAACAAGCAGCAGAAAAAAAUGUCAGUUUCAGCUCUAUUCGCUUCAAAAAUUGCAACCCCGCCAAUCUCUUCCGCUUUCGCCGCCUCCGGUUACGGCGUCGUCGCGACGAAGACAUCCCCGAGACUCACCGGCGGAGGAGGACUGGUGAUAGAGUGCUCGUCUCGGCCUCGGAAGAAGGCGACGGCGCACCACAGGAAGACCCGGCCGCGCAAGACGCAGCCUUGGGACAUCAAGCGCAAGCCCACCGUCUACGCUCCUCUCCCUCCCAUGCCUCCCGAGUGGACCCUCGUCACCGGCGACGACUUUCCCCAGACUCCGACCGCCGAGACCACUCAGACACUCGAAAGCGAAAGCGAGCAGUAAUUUUCGAUUCACGUUAUCUUGUACUAUCUUUUUUUUUGUUGUUGUUGUUGGAGAGUAGAUGUGGUGGUGAGACUUUGUUGAAUGAUUCCGUUGCUGAUUUCUGUUGUUUAUUGUAUGGUUUGUGAUUGACAGUUUGUUCUAUAUGUGUUCGUUUUAUUAUCAGUACGCAGAAAUGGUGUCUACAAGGUGUUUGAUGUUA